CUUGAUGUUGUUUUGCACUUGAUCGGAAGAGGAGGAGAUGAUCAAGCAUAUACCUCGCCUGUUUGAAGGUGAAGGAAAAACUACUUGAGAAAGAACUACAACAAAGAUCAAAAAAAAAUUAAUGCGAACAAGAAUAUGUGUAUUUGCAUUACUAGUACGAGCAGGUUGAAUAUUUGAUUGAUGACAAAAUAUAAUGGCAGAGCCAUUCUGAUUCUUACACUGACCCUCGUUGAUGUAGAAAGUAAAUAAUCUCAAACCUUCCUAUAUGUACAAGAGCGUCAUUCGCUUUCGACUUAUUGGUUCUUUUAGGUAGUUAGAGUUCAUUUAAAAACAAACAUGGAGGCGAUGACGGGACUGAAGCUCGCGAUGCCGCAUGAGCGGCCAAAUCGUGGCCUUGAAGAGGAGCGUUGUCAAGCUCCGGUAACUACUACUGUUCUUUCAGUCACUUCUCAUCGUCAUCUUUGUCCUGCAAGGAGAACUUUCAUUUGGAAAAUGGAAAGAUUAUUGGCCUUUUGGUCGCAGACAUUGAAAAUGAAAAAUUGUUGUACAGGUGAGAUAGUGUUUAUAUUUUUCAUUGAUUCGGUCUGGGUUUGCUCUCUCUUUCCCAUCUGUACUUUCCUAUACAGCAAACAUUACCUUCACAAAACGACAGGUUGGAAAUAUUGGCCAGCCAGAUCAUCCAGUACAGAAGAUUCAACUACAGUCCAUGCGGGACAGACUGAAGAUGGAAGACCGACUUGAUGGAAUCGUCUUGGGUAUCUACAUUAGAAUCGCUAUCUUCGCCGUCUAGGUCUACUUUGUCCACAAGAAGCGCUUGAAAAAUUCCCAGCAGCAUUAGCAUCUGCAUCUCCACCUCAUUGUGGUAGUUGACAAGUAAGCGCCUACAUGCUACGAUGAAAAAGAUGAGUCGAGCACUCCUCCAAUCUUCACAAACCAUAACAAACCAAUCAACUACAAAUCUAGGUUCGCAUGUACCAAUGAGGAACCGAAUCGAGCGAAACAUUCUUGCGCAAUAUCAGAGGCUUCCGGGGUUACCAUCGUCUUUCGUCGGACUCGAAUCGCAUCUGGAUAUCGACGAAACAAUCGAGUAAUUCUGAUUUUUUUGUAUGAGUAAACUUGGAUCAUUCUUGAUGGUUGCUCAUAAAAUAUAUGAUUACUUCUAGGUACAUCAAUCAAUCAUCAAUCAAUUAUAGGAAGUAUUCACUGAAGAUGCUGAUUCUACCUGGUCUUUACGAUGAUCACUUUCCUCGUCUUGUUACAACCCAAGAGAACCUUGUUUCGUGAUCAGGUUUGAGGAUUACCUGAACAGGAAAGAGACGUGCCCGAUGCCAGAGGUCGGGUUCAAUCAUACUAUGCACGACGUCCUCGAAAAGAAAUUGGAGAUGAAGUGAAGAGGAGUAAGAGCUGAAGGAUGGAAAUAGACUCGAUCAUGACAUCAACCCAUCGCAUUCAUCCCCACGGUACUCAUCCCUCAUCAGUUUUAUGCUGGCAGCCCCCCUUCGAGUUCUGGCAGUAGGACUCCGCUUCUCUGCCAUGAUGACUGCGCGCUGACCACCCAGACAUCAAAAGACAAGACGGCUACUCGUGCGAAGUCCUAGGCCUCCCACAAAAUCCUGGAACCUAAAUGUGAGCCCUGGCUUUCUUUCGCCCUCAAGAUUAGCCCUCGAAAAGAACUACUUCUGGUGUUCCUCGAUUUGAGCCUCAGCGCUGUUUCAUUUUUUUUGGACGUCUCCGCAUGGAGUAUGAAAAAACAAGACAGGUGGAAGCCACAU